AUGGACACAGAUUCAGCUGAUCUUCAGUGUGGUCCUUCUGAUCUCGAACCAGCAGCACACUGUCAUCCAGCUGAUCCACAGCCAGGCCCGUCCGGUCUAGAGCCAAUAACUCUACAGGAUCAACCUGAUCCUCUGCCAUGUCUGUCCAGCAUCACACCGAUAGACUGUGAUGAAAAUCCAGCUGAUCCCGAGCCAGCUGAAGCUGAUCCUCAGUCGGAUCCAAACAUUCUUGAACCGAUGGCUCUGCAGCAUUCAGCUGAUCAUCGGUUAGAUCCUUCUGUCCAUGAAACCAGGGCUCGACAAGAUCUGACUGAUCCUCCAGAAGAUCAUCUGUCUUGUUCGUCUGAUUCUGGUCAAGAACCGCUUGGUUUUGUGCCAUCGUGUCUGCAGAAUUCAGCUGAUCAUCAAUCGGAUCCAUCUGUCCUUGAAACCAUGGCUCUACAAGAUCUGACUGAUCCUCCAGAAGAUCAUCUGCCUGGUUCGUCUGAUCCUGGUCAAGAACCACCUGGUUUUGAACCAACAUGUCUGCAGAAUUCAGCAGAUCAUCAGUCGGAUCCAUCUGUCCAUGAAACCAUGGCUCUACAAGAUCUGACUGAUCCUCCAGAAGAUCAUUUGUCUGGCUUGUCGGAUCCUGGUUUUGUACCAACAUGUCUGCAGGAUUCAGCUGAUCUUCUUCCAGGCCCGUCAGCUCUUGAGCCAGUACCCCCAAAAUUUCCAGCUGCUUGCAAGCAUAGACGAAUCAAGGAUCAAACCCGAGCAGCCUGUUUUGGCCGUCCAACUCCAGAACCAUUUGAUGAGAUUUAUGAAGUGGGAGAUGAGCUUGGACAAGGAGGCUUUGGCACUGUGUACGAGGGGACUUCAAAAAAUCAACGCAAGAAGGUUGCCAUCAAAAUCAUUCUCAAGUGUGAAAGAGACCGUUAUAUUGAACUACCUGGCUGUUCAAAGCCACUGUUUGCAGAAGUGGCUGCAAAUCUGCUGCUGAAACAGGCACCAUUAAGCCCCUACAUUGUGUACAUGCUGGAAUGGUUUGAAGAGGAGGAUCGGUUCAUCCUCAUCCUGGAACAUCCGGAACCCUGCAAGGACUUGCUCAAAUUUGUGGUUAACAACAUGAAUUGGGCGAACGAAUUACAGACACGUAGCCUGAUGUAUCAAGCGGUGCUCGGGGCCAAGCACUGUCUUGACAGAGGUGUCUUUCACCGGGACAUUAAGUUGAAUAACUUUCUGAUCAACACGACGACUAACCGAGUCCAACUAAUAGACUUUGGCUGCAGUGACCCCGUCAAAAGUACAGGCUACUUGGGUGAUUUUAUAGGAGGAGUCUGCCCGCCUGAAUACUACAAGGACUUAAGAUACAAGGCAGAGCCAACAACCGUCUGGUCUCUGGGUGUAAUGAUGUACACAAUGAUGUGCAAAUGUCGACCCUUUAGCAGUCCUGAAGACAUGAUGCAUGGCAGUCUGAGUUUUAACGUUAGAGUAUCCACAGAAUUGCAGAACUUGAUAAGUCGCUGCCUGACUGUUGACCCAACUAAGAGAGCGACUAUUGAGGAGAUCCUACAGCAUAAAUGGUUU